CAAGCGGCCAUUUCGAAAAAAAAUUCGAACAAAAUAUUUUGUGCGGAGCCACGGAUUCGUUUAAAAAUUUUCAAAUUUUCCGGUGUUGGCGGCUCUUACAACCGACAAGAUCCUGCAUGUGUGCAUUUUAGCUGAAACCGAAAACCGAAAACCAGCGCAGUGGUGGUUGCUAUUGCUACCCGUCUCACUCUAUCUCUCCGCGUGUGCUUGUGUGUGCGUGUGCCAGGAAAAGUGUGAAGCAGAAGAAAGCAAAGCGCAGCUCUAAUUAAGAAAAACCCAAGAUCGAGAUAAAAGCGAGAAUCAAAUCAUAAAAAUGGCAAGCGAAGUGGCCCAAAUACCCGCCGAGGAAACGCCCGCAGUGGCAGCGGCAACAGAGAGCGCCUCCGCCGAGCAGGCGGAAAAGCCAGCCGCUCCCGCUGGCGACGCUGCCGCUGCAGCCGCCCCCGCAGCAGCCGCCCCGGCUGAAAAGAAAGAGGGCGGUGAUGCGGAGGACAAGAAGGAGGAUGGAAAGCCGGAGAAUGCAGCUGCCGAUGGCGAUGCAAAGAAGGAUGAGGCGGCGGCGGCCGCUGCACCGGUAGCGGCGGCCAAAACGGAUGCCCCGCCCGCCCAGAAGUUCAAUGUGCACAAGACCAACUUCGAGAAGGACAUCAUCUAUCUGUACCAGUUCUCGCGCACCCCGCUGCUGCCCUCGCUGUCGCCCUACUGCCUCAAGGUGGAGACCUGGCUACGUCUCGUGGGCCUGAAAUACGAGAAUGUUGAUCAUAAGAUGCGUUUCCGCUCCAAGAAGGGUCAGCUGCCGUUCAUCGAGCUAAAUGGCGAGGAGAUCGCCGACUCGGCCAUUAUUAUCAAGGAGCUGUCGUCCAAGUAUGAAAAGAAUCUGGACUCGGGACUCACCGCCGAGCAGAGGAAUGUGUCGUACGCCACGAUUGCCAUGCUGGAGAAUCAUCUCAUCUGGAUUAUCUUCUACUGGCGCGCCAAGUAUCCGGAUAAUGUGCUCAAGGGAUACAAGGUCAACUUGCAGCAUGCCCUCGGCCUGCGGCUGCCCAACUCCAUUCUGAACUUCUUCUUUAAGAUAACGUUCGGUCGCAAGUGGUUCCAGGGCACAAAGAAGCUGAAGGCGCACGGCAUUGGCGUCCACAGCGCCGAGGAGAUCGAGGAAUUCGGCAAGAACGAUCUGAAGGUGCUCAGCGAGAUGCUCGACUGCAAGCCAUUCUUCUUUGGCGAUGAGCCCACCACCCUGGAUGUGGUGGCCUUUGCCGUGCUUUCGCAGCUCCACUAUCUGUCCAAGGACAUUGCGUAUCCGCUGCGUGACUACAUGACCGAGAAGUGCCCCAACUUGAUUGGCCACGUUUCGCGCAUGAAGGACAAGUGCUUCCCCGAUUGGGAUGAGAUCUGCACGAAGCUGGACCUCAACGCGCACAUUCCCAAGCCAGAACCCGAGACCAAGGAGGGCAAGGAAGGCGGCGAGCAGGAGAAAUCAAACGAACAGGAGGGUACCGAAGGCGACAAGAUCGAGAAGGAGUUGGAGAAGGACAAGUCGAACGAGAAGGAGUCGACCGAGGAGAACAAAGAGAAGGAGGAAACAAAGUAAAUUCGCCGUUAGUUAUAUGCGUACAUAUAUCUAGUAUAUAUGUGUAUGGAUCGAGAGAACACAAGAAAGCAACACCCCACAUACACACACAUUAUAUAUAUAUACAUAUGUAGUACUAUACUAUAUAGUAAGGCCCUAUAUAGCUAGGCGCUGCGCUCUCAUAUAUAAGCAUUCAGACAUCAGAAAACCACUCGAAAAACAAAAAACAAACAUUUACAAAAACCUAGGACAACUGUGUAAAGCAAAAGCAGGCAAAAAAACAAAAACCAUCAGCAAAAAGAAAC